AUGGGAGUGGACCUCGACGACAUCAAAGCGUCCUCCAGAACGUUAACCGGUUUCAACGAAUCUUCCGAAACAGUACUGGGAACAAUCCGCCUUCCUGUACGCGCAUGUGGAGUUACUCGAACGGUCAAGUUUUCUGUCGUAAGCACAAAGGCUCCUUACCACGCUAUACUCGGAACCCCCUGGAUACACUCAAUGCAAGCUAUUCCAUCUACUUAUCACCAGUGCAUCAAGUUUCCCGGUACAGACGGAAAAAUCAAAACGUUACGAGUAGAUCAAAAAGCCGCUAGGGAGCUCUUAGUUGCUACAGUCAAACCCCAACGGACAUCUCUACCCGUUAACUCUGUUUCUCCUCCAAGUUCUAAAAUCUGCUCCCAGGAAAGCGAAGUUCUCGAGCUACCUAUUGAUGAUACUGAUCUGAGCCGGACCGCACGAAUUGGUGCAUAUCUGUCCGAGGAUAUACAGCAGUCAGUUUUCAACUUCCUCAAGAAGAAUGUGUCCACAUUCGCGUGGUCCAUGGCGGACGUGAAAGGAAUUGAUCCGGCUAUAACGACUCACGAACUAAACGUCGACCCAACGUUCAAGCCUAUUCGACAGAAGCGACGCAAACUUGGUCCCGACAGGUCAAAUGCUGUGAACAAAGAGGUUGACCGGUUACUCGGCGCUGGCUCGAUCGCUGAGGUUCGCUACCCCGAGUGGUUAGCAAACCCAGUAGUCAUUAAGAAGAAGAACGGGACAGCUAUCCUCUCCCCUGAUCUGAAUAAAGCCUGCCCAAAAGACAGCUAUCCUCUCCCCAACAUUGACCUUUUAGUCGAGUCUACAGCGGGAAACGAGAUGUUAACGUUCAUGGACGCUUUCUCUGGAUACAACCAAAUUAUGAUGCACCCUGAUGAUCGCGAGAAGACGGCCUUCAUCACAGAUAGGGGAAUCUACUGCUAA